AGGUAGAAUCGGCAGGUUAAACACGUUGUUACGUUCGCCUUGUGUGGACACACCCGCUGGUGGGAGGGGUCUAGCUUGCUCCACCCCCUGAGCGGCUUGAGUUGGGUAUGUCGCCUUUUUUGACGCCUGUCACCUCAACCCACCACUUGGUGGCGCCCUGCACUGACUGGAAAUGUGCAUAGGCUGGUGGUCAACUCGAGUACUGCAUUAACAUUAAUGUAUUUACUCCUCCACCAGGGGGCGCACUGAUCACCACGAAUUACCUUUCUGUGCAUGUUAUUGUUGAGGGGAGGGGAAAUAGAGGGGGAGUAACUAGUAAGUCUACACCUAUCUGAAUUUGGGAUGCUCUGUCGCCCCCGUCUGUCUGGUUAGUGAUAUAUAUCACUGUAGGCCAUGACCCUGUCCUAGUGGCUGAUAACUAGCGUGUAUUCAGUUGCUAGGUGCCCUGCAGGGCCGGGUACUAGGAGCCGUGGGGUAUAAUUGGCUCCCGAACUACAACUCCCAUCGUGAAGGGUUGGCUAAUGAUUUGGCUGCCUUCCUCGUGCCUCAUUAACCUCUCGUUACCCUGGGUGGUGCUAGGUUUGAGAUUGUGUAAGCCCCGCAGGUUGUUCCCAUGUUGGGUGUGCCUGUACCCAAAGCUGACAGCAUCUAAGGACCUUAGUCAUUAGUGCAUGACACCAACUGCAGCAUUCUGAUACGCUUUAUAUUCAAAUUCCUCAUCCUUUUCAAGAUCACUGCUUGCUGUCAGUGAGUGGGGGGCGUUCUUGUUUGCCUCCAGCGGCUGAAAACCUUCACAGACCCAGUAAUUGGCACGGCGGAGCAUCUGUCACAAUUGUAUCCAGCCUUGACUGAUCCAUUAUAUCAAUUGAUGUUUCCAUUCACUGACAGAUAAAGUAUACGUUAAUCGAUGAGCAGGACAUCCCGCUGGUGGACAACUAUUCAUUUGAAGCUCGGAUGGAGGUGGACGCUGACGGGAACGGUGCGAAGAUCUUCGCCUACGCUUUUGACAAGCACAAAGGCAGGGGGUCCGGGCGUCUGCUCCAUGAAUUAUUAUGGCAGAGGCAUAAAGGAGGGAUCGCUCCCGGCUUCCAGGUCCUGCACCUCAACGGCAUCACGGUGGAUAACAGACUGGACAAUCUGCAGCUGGCGCCCUGGGGCUGGAAACCGGAGGUGGAAGAAGUGUCAAGCAAGCAGAGGGAGCAGUCCCUCUAUUGGCUGGCGAUACAGCAGCUCCCCACUGACCCAAUCGAGGACUUGUUUCCACUGCUGAACGUCACCCGCUGCUACAACGCCAAUGGAGAGGUCGUCCGGGAAGAGGAGAAUUCCUGCACUUACUACGAAUGUCACUACCCCCCAUGCACCAUGAUGGAGAAGCAGUUACGUGAAUUUAAUAUAUGUGGUAGAUGCCAACUAGCAAGAUACUGUGGUACCCAGUGCCAACAGAAAGACUGGCCCGCACACAAAAAACACUGUUCUGAGAAGAUCCGGAUCAUGAACUGCGAGCCGGACCCCGAGCGGUGACUGGAGCGGCGCGGCUGUUCCAUUGCUGUACAUGCUCCAUUAUCUGUGUCCAUAGAGGCCGGGAUGUUGUGUUUUUUUGCACACGUACGAGUGACUGGUCGCAGAGGCCCAGAGGCACUGAGGAUAAUCCUGUGACGCUUGAGUUGGGGGGCGUAGGACCCUGACGCUGGACAAUGCCGCCCCGGGUGGAGCGGGGCUCCUCCAGUAUUACACACUGACUACUGUGACCGCUCCGGCCGGGGGCCCCUAAUUUAUGUCGUUUGUAAAUUUAAAGUUCUCUUGUUUAUUAUUAUUUUUUGCCGUUUUUUAUAAUGUUUUGGUCUGAGCGCCCGUCGCUCCCCGGAUAGGCGUUCUGCCGUAUAUUUUGUGCCAAUUUUUCCUUUACCAGCUCCGAGGCACAAACCACGUGGACGCAUCAAGUUUGGGAUCUGGAAUAUUAUGCAUGUAAAUUAAAAGAAAAAUAGACUGUC